UUUAGCAUGUUGUUAUUGUUAUUUAUAUCAAACCAAACAGCAGGAAAUUUGUCAGAUCAGGGAAUUAUAUAAUUUGAUUGUGAGUAAACCAUGAGGCCCCAGCAGUAAGAGGCAUGGUAUCACCAUAACAGUAUAACAGUGUAACAUGGAAGCCAGUGCAAAGUACCACGCCGUCAAAACUUUAGUGGAUUUAAACGUGUAAGCAAAUGCCUGGUCCACCUGAAGCGGUGUGUUUAGCCAUAUAUUUCAGUACCUUAAGUAAGCAGUUAAAGUUAAUUAAAAGUGUUUUCCCAACAGUUUACCCCAAUCACAGGGUAAUGAGUUUUUACUGAUCCAUUGCUGUCUAUGUUAUCUGCUCUUUCAUCCAGUAAUUAGGGGUUCUGUUGGUUGGUAAGGAGGAGCUAAACUAACAAUUGAGGGACAUCUCUGCCCCAAUAACACAGGGGACCCUUCAGACAGGGACAGGGACAAUGUUGCAGCUCUUUCUCAUGGAUUUCCAAAGUUUAAAUCACCAAGAGACAAGGAAAACAAAGUGCUGAGCCUCAGCAGAGUCAGCAGAAGAAGGGAAGGGCUCACUAAUUGCUCCAUGAGGAACCAGGGGCCAUGGCACUGAUGGGGCUCCAUCUCUUGCCACAUGUCUUGUUGGUUGGCAUAGUAGUGAUAUUCCAAGUUGGGGGCGACCAGCCGAAGCCAGCCCGGGCACCCCUGAUCCCUCAUCGGCCUUUUGUUGUAGUAUGGAAUGCACCUACAGAGUCAUGUCGUCUUCGAUUCAAGGUGGACUUGGAUCUUAGUGUAUUUGAUAUUGUAGCAAAUCUCAAUGAAACCCUCAGCGGACCAAAUGUCACCAUAUUCUACCACAGCCAUCUGGGAUAUUAUCCAUACUACUCCAACUCUGGAGCCCCUAUCAAUGGUGGCCUGCCGCAAAACCAGAGCCUAUCCAAGCAUCUGAACAAGGCUAGGGCUGACAUUGACAAACUGAUUCCUCACAAGGACUUUCGAGGUCUAGGUGUCAUUGACUGGGAGAACUGGAGGCCUCAGUGGGUCAGAAACUGGGGUUCAAAAGACAUCUAUCGCAACAAGUCUAAAGAACAGAUCCGGAAACUUCAUCCAAACUGGCCUGAGAGCAAAGUAGAGAAUGUAGCCAAGGAAAGUUUUGAAAGGGCCGGGCAAUCUUUCAUGAACCUAACCUUGGCACUGGCUGAAGGUCGUAGGCCAGAUGGGCUAUGGGGGUUUUACCUGUUCCCAGACUGCUACAACUAUGGCUACAAGCAGCACCCACAUCGCUACACUGGCGAAUGCCCCAAUGUUGAACAUGUUCGCAAUGACCAUCUGAUGUGGCUGUGGAAGGAGAGCACGGCCCUCUACCCCUCCAUCUACCUGGACUAUGAGCUGAAAUCCUCCCCCAACACUGUUAAGUUUGUCCACUAUAGAGUCAAGGAAGCCAUGAGGAUAGCAUCCAUUGCCCGUACGGACUUCACAUUGCCUGUGUUUGUCUACUCCAGACCUUUUUAUGCCUACACUUUUGUAGUUCUUUCAGAGAGUGACCUGGUUCACACCAUUGGAGAGAGUGCUGCCUUGGGAGCAUCAGGUGUUGUUCUCUGGGGAUCUUCAGAGUAUGCUCGAACACAGAGGAACUGCCUGACUGUGAAGACAUACAUUGACGGUCCACUGGGACAUUAUGUUAUCAACGUCACAUCGGCUGCUAAGCUGUGCAGCAAAGCACUGUGCAAGAAGAAUGGUAGGUGUGUCCGCAAGAGCCUGGACUCGGGUGCUUACCUGCACCUCAACCCGCGCUUCUUCCACAUUCACCGCAACCCGGGGCCCGGGGGCUCCCCCUUCCAUGUCAGCGGUCACCUGAACAACCACGACAUCCUGGACAUGAGGCACAAGUUCACCUGCCAGUGCUACCAGGGUUGGACAGGAGUUUACUGUGAGAUGCCCCAGGCUCUGCCUCCUUUCCCUCCUUCUCCCCCAUCCCAGCCUGCAAUCCCGUUGCCUCACCCUCGGGGGAACAGCCUGCUAGGGGAUAUCCUGCUCCUUCUAUCCUGCCAUUUCUCCUGUUUGUGUGUCAUUAUGUUCCUGGGACUCUGUCUGAUUAUCAAGUGUCUCAUACUGUAGACACCACAAUUUAUUUUAGGAUAAGACAGUUGCUAUAGAAUGUUAGCCAGACCUGAAUUGUGAUGAGCUGCAGUUCCUCUAAUGUCCACUAGUUAAAUAAAACAGACUGUACUGACCAUAAACUGUAAACAAAGAUGGAUGGCAGAGCAGCUUCUCAAAAGUGAAACUAAAGCAGGUAGAGCUCUCCCUGGUGGCUGGCUGGCCAGUAUAGGUCAUAAGCUUCGCCUCCUCCAUGUUGGUGGAUGGGACUAAAAUAUACGUCAGAUAUUUUUCUUUCAAGGAUAGUUUCUCUCAUGCAUACUCAAGAGUCAGUUUUUCUGAUUGUAGGUAGGUAUUUCAGACUAUAGGAAGAGGAUGUGACCUCAUGAUGACUACUGGCUGCCAUGCCAAUUGCUCCUUAAAGCGGUCUGGACUGAGAGAGAGAUGGGAAAAAUAAAUAAAUAAAGAAGUACAGUGUAUAAUCCAGCAUUUCUCUGAAACUAGUGGGGGGAAGGCAGAGCGCAGUAUUAAUCAAAUAAAAACUCACAAGAUGGCACUGCCUGCAACCUUGAGAAUCUGGGAUUUUGGUUACUGCAAACAAGUAGGUAUGUGUUAUCCAUAUUUAUGCACAGUCUAUGGUAUUGACCGGAAUGGGAAAACCUCUCUCUAGAUGUCUUUCUGAUAAGCUCUCAGUGAGACUUUAGAAAUGUAUCUUUAAAACAGAUUCACUUUUAAGAAUCACAUCCGUGUGUGCUUAAAGGACCAGUACGAAAAGUUGUGCCUUCUUCCUCAAACAACUCAUUCACAAGGGCACUUCAAUUGUACUCUUUGAAUGUUAGCCAUAAUUUUGACAAACUAUAGCUAAAUACACAGAAAAGGGGUAAAUUAUGCUUGAGAAGUUUGUGGACUUACAUGCAUCUGAAAAGCUACAAUAAUAUUUUACUCUGGUCUGAGUGAUUGUAGUUAUUCUGCAUCUUGGCUUUUCUGUAGCCUCAGAUUAAAAUGUUGUCAUUUGUGAAAAGAGAGAAUAGAGUACUGCAGAAGGCUGUGCUGAAUGUGAUGUUUGUAUCGGCCAUCAACUUUUGCUCUCAAGUCUUUGCAAGAAACUAUAAAAUUUGUAGGGGAAGAGACA